AUGCCCAAAUCCUACGUCUCUUUUCACGACCCCAAUGAUCAUAAUGGUUUCAGGAGCCUAUCGCGGCAUCCAACCUCGUCCCCCUCUUCGCCGGAAACGAUGCGCAGAGCCAGGUCGCCUUCCCUCUCCUCCAGUGAAUUGAGGACUCGACUACCACCUUCCCUGAACAUGCCUUCCGAACCCACGGAGGAAAGCGAAUUGCUUGGGGGAGGCGACAGAUUGAUACGCAGAUACAGCGAGAACAUGCCGGAAUCUCCGCGGUCGAGGCGACUGUCAAGGGUGAAUAGUUCCAAUGCAAGUCUGCGUAGGCGGAAGGACUUCAGCACCCGGCCUUCCGGAGAGAACAGCCCCGUAUGGAUGCGGAGCUCUGGUCUUCGAACACCGAAACUACAGCAGUCCAUCUUGGGAUCACUGUCAAGAGACGACAGGUCAUGGUACGAUCAAUUCACCUCCACAGACUGGGUUCACGACAGCAUUGCCGAUGGAUAUCGAGUAUUGGAAUUGAGGAAGAUGAAGGGCUUCCGAGGACGCGCGUGGCGAUUUUUCGAUUCCACUCAAGGCUGGAUUCUGAUGGUUCUCAUCGGCGUUGCGACUGCGUUUUUGGCUUACGUUGUUGACGUGACCGAGUCUGCAAUAUUCGAUGUCAAGCGCGGCCUUUGCCGAGAUGCGUGGUAUCUUGGGCGAGAAAGCUGCUGUGCAGGGAAACGAACAUGUGAUAAUUGGAAAACCUGGUCGCAACUCAUCUCUGCUUCGCAGGUAGGCGAGACAUCCAUCGACUACGUCGCGUUCAUAAUCGGGUCCAUGGUGUUAGCAGGGUUGUCCUGCUUUCUUACUUUGUAUUCGAAAACGAUAGUGCCGUCAAACAUUGCCUCAACGUUGGAUGAAGAUCUUGGCGCCGUGAGACGAGACGUGGAUGGCGGCACCGACGAGGAUAAGGCUGGUGCUGCUCGACCAGCGAACGGCCAGGAGGGCCAACCUCCCAGCGUUUAUUACUCGGCUGCUGGCAGCGGUGUUGCCGAAGUCAGAGUCAUCUUGAGCGGCUUUGUCCUCCAUGGAUACCUCGGGCUCCGAGUACUCGUUCUGAAAACCGUUGGCCUCAUUUUGAGCGUGGCCUCCGGUAUGAGCCUGGGAAAGGAAGGCCCAUACGUCCAUAUUGCCGCAUGCAUCGGAAACAUCGCCUGCCGUUUGUUCUCAAAAUACGACUUGAAUGAUGCUAAGAGAAGAGGAGUUUUGUCGGCGAGUGCCGCGAGUGGUGUCGCGGUCGCCUUUGGAUCACCACUGGGCGGAGUUCUUUUCAGUCUGGAGGAAGUCAGCUAUUAUUUUCCUCCCAAGACGCUGUUUCGCACAUUCUUCUGUUGUAUUGUGGCAGCGCUAUCCUUAAAGUUCCUCAAUCCAUACGGCACCAACAAAAUCGUCCUUUUCGAAGUCCGGUACUUCUCCGACUGGCGGUAUUUCGAACUUGUCAGCUUUGUAUUCCUAGGCGUCGUGGGCGGACUUGCCGGAGCGCUUUUCAUCAAGGCGUCUCGAUUCUGGGCCACAACGUUUCGUCGGAUUCCAGUCAUUAAGAAGCAUCCUAUGUUAGAGGUUCUUCUAGUUGCCCUCAUCACCGGCCUCGUCAGCUUUUGGAAUCGCUACACGCGCCUUUCCGUGACCGAACUCCUCUUUGAAUUGGCUAGUCCUUGCAAUCAGGACACAAGCACUGGACUCUGCCCGAAAAAGAACGAAGUUAUGUCGGUCAUUGGGUACCUGGCAUGGGCGUUUGUCGCCAAAUCUGUCCUCACCAUCAUCACCUUCGGUUUGAAGAUUCCCGCAGGCAUAUACGUGCCUUCGAUGGUCGUUGGUGGCUUGAUGGGUCGCAUGGUCGGUCACUUCACCCAAUAUCUUGUGCUGAGUUAUCCCAACGUGUUCCUAUGGCGCGAAUGUCAAGCAUCUCAAGACAUGGAGGCUUGUGUUACACCUGGUGUGUAUGCCUUGGUCGCUGCCGGGGCUGUCAUGUGUGGAGUCACGCGCCUGUCGGUUACUCUGGCGGUUAUCCUGUUUGAAUUGACUGGAAGCCUGGACCAUGUACUACCCUUUUCUCUCGGAGUGCUUUGUGCCAAGUGGACGGCAGACGCGGUCGAACCACUGAGUAUCUAUGACCUCCUAACAGAUAUGAAUAUGUAUCCUUUCCUCGACAACAAGGGCAGUCCCGUCUUUGACUCUGAGCUCGGCGACAUUACCUCCCGAUUCCGACGGGACAAAGUGAUUGAUAUUACCUUGUCUCCCCUAGUCAAGGCAAGUGAGCUACGAGUCAAGCUUCGCCGAACGCAAUCCCUCGGCGAACUCGAUGGCGGCUUGCCUAUCAUCCGGAGCAAGAUCCUUGUCGGUCUCAUCCCUGUGCCAGAUUUGGAAUUUGCCCUGGACAGGAUCCAGGACGAGGAGAGCACGCUCUGUCUGCUUUCCACUGCCAACCAUAUCCACAACACCCACCAUCAAUACUGGGACGCGUUUGAAGAAGCCGGAUACGACUCUGGACGCGAAUCGGAUAGCGAAGAACCUUCGAACGCGAAUCCGGUGGACCUUACUCCCUAUAUCGACCCUGCACCUGUGGCCUUGGAUAUGCAUUCGCCUAUGAACCUGGUGUAUCAGUGUUUCGUGAAGUUGGGAUUGAGGUAUGUAUGCGUUUUGAAUGAAGGGGAGUACAGAGGCAUGGUACAUAAAAAGGCAUUCGUCAGGUAUGUCAAGAGCUUGGAGCAUUCAUCACAUUGA